CUGGCAGUCCCAGUCUCCGCGCGCCGGGGUCUGCGAGGCUCGUGCGCUCUUGGCACGCUCGGCUGGGGUGCCGGCAGAGGGCGCGCGAGGGGGCCCGGGAACGGGGGGGCGGGGGGCCCCACGGGAGGCGGGAUUGCGGGGAGGGCUCUGGGCCGCCCCCUCCCGCCCCCUGUCUGCCCCGCCUGCCCACCAGGAGCGCCAGGCUGGAAGGCAAGGGCUGGCGGUGUCCCCCGUGCGCUCUGCAGGCUCGGCGCCCGGCUCCUACCUGUAGAGUCCGGGGGGGCCGCCCCUCCUCGGACACCUAUCCUUUCUCCUCCUUCGGAAACCUCCCGCCCGGCUACCCGCGUCUCGGACAGGGGGCGCUGGGGCCCCGAGACAGGGUGCCAGGCUCGCUGCUGGUGACAGGUAGACUCCCUCCCCGCCGCGGUCUAGCCUCGGAACCUGGGCGCCCUUCUGGCCGGAAAGUUUGGGGCUGAGCACCAUGGCCAAGAGCAGCUCUCUGAAUGUCCGCGUCGUGGAGGGCCGAGCGCUGCCCGCCAAGGACGUGGAGGUCAGAGAUGGAACCAAGAGAGGUACUCAGAGACACAGGACACUGACCAGACCGAGGUGUUCAGGGAUGGAGAGCAGAUGCGGAGGCACACCCGGCAGAGGGAGCUAAGGUCUGGGAGCAGCGACCCCUACUGCAUAGUGAAAGUGGACGACGAAGUGGUGGCCAGGACAGCAACCAUCUGGCGGAGCCUGAGUCCCUUCUGGGGGGAGGAGUACACCAUGCACCUGCCCCUGGAUUUCCACCAUCUAGCCUUCUACGUGCUGGACGAGGAUACGGUGGGGCACGACGACGUCAUAGGCAAGAUCUCACUGAGCAGGGAGGCCAUCGCAGCUGACCCCCGAGGAAUUGAUAGUUGGAUCAACCUGAGCCCUGUGGACCCAGAUGCAGAGGUGCAGGGUGAGAUCUGCCUGGCCGUGCAGAUGCUGGAGGAUGUGCGUGGCCGUUGUCUUCGCUGUCACGUGCUCCAGGCCAGGGACCUGGCCCCCCGAGACAUCACUGGCACGUCUGACCCAUUUGCACGUGUGUUUUGGGGCAGCCAGAGCUUGGAGACUUCGACCAUCAAGAAGACUCGCUUCCCACACUGGGAUGAGGUGCUGGAGUUGCGGGAGAUGCCGGGUUCCUCAUCCCCGCUGCGGGUGGAGCUCUGGGACUGGGACAUGGUUGGCAGGAAUGACUUCUUGGGCAUGGUGGAGUUCUCCCCGCAGGUCCUGCAGCAGAACCCGCCCAAUGGCUGGUUCCGCCUCCUGCCCUUUCCCGGAGCGGAAGAGGAUUCUGGGGGGAGCCUGGGUGCUCUGCGGCUGAAGGUGCGCCUGACCGAGGACCGCAUCCUGCCCUCCUGGUACUACCAGCCACUCAGGGAGUUGCUCAUGGAGUCUGUGCUGGGGCCGGCAGAGGAGGAUGCCGCCAGCCCCCUGGCUGUCCUGGAGGAGCUGACCUCGGGGGACUGCCGCCAGGAGCUUGCCACCAAGCUGGUGAAGCUCUUUCUCGGCCAGGGCCUGACAGGGCCCUUUCUGGACUAUCUCACCCAGCGUGAGGUGGCACGGACCACUGAUCCCAACACCCUCUUCCGUUCUAACUCCUUGGCAUCCAAGUCAAUGGAACAGUUUAUGAAGCUCGUGGGCAUGCCCUACCUGCACGAGGUCCUGAGGCCGCUGAUUAACCGCAUCUUCGAGGAGAAGAAGUACAUGGAACUGGACCCGUGCAAGAUGGACCUGGGCCGCACCAGGAGAAUCUCCUUCAAGGGAGCAUCCUCCGAGGAACACGUGCGGGAGGCCAGCCUGGGGCUGCUGACCGGCUACCUGGAGCCCAUCGUGGAUGCCAUUGUGGGCUCCGUGGGGCGCUGCCCGCCCGCCAUGCGCCUUGCCUUCAAGCAGCUGCGCCAGCGCGUGGAGGAGCGCUUCCCCCAGGCGGAGCACAAGGAUGUGAAGUAUCUGGCCAUAAGUGGCUUUCUGUUCCUGCGAUUCUUCGCGCCUGCCAUCCUCACCCCAAAGCUGUUUGACCUCCAGGACCAGCACGCAGAUCCCCAGACCAGCCGUUCAUUGCUGCUCCUUGCCAAGGCUGUGCAGAGCCUUGGAAACCUGGGCCAGCAGCUGGGCCAGGGCAAGGAGCUGUGGAUGGCCCCCCUACACCCCUUCCUGCUGCAGAGUAUUUCGCGUGUGAGAGACUUCCUGGAUCAGCUGGUGGACGUGGAUGGGAAGGAGGAUGUUGGGGGCCCAGCCAGGGCCCUGGUCCCACCCUCGGUGACCAUUCGAGAAGGCUACCUGCUCAAGCGUAAGGAAGAGCCCUCCGGCCUGGCCACAUGCUUUGCCUUCAAGAAGCACUACUUCUGGCUCAGCGGGGAGACGCUCUCCUACUCCAAGAGCCCCGAGUGGCAGAUGCGCUCCUCCAUCCUGGUGUCGCACAUCCGCGCCGUGGAGCGCGUGGACGAGGGCGCCUUCCAGCUGCCGAACGUGCUGCAGGUGGUGACGCAGGAUGGCACCGGGGCGCUGCACACCACCUACCUCCAGUGCAAGAAUGUGAAUGAGCUCAACCAGUGGCUGUCGGCACUGCGCAAGGCCAGCGCCCCCAACCCGAACAAGCUGGCCACCUGCCACCCCGGUGCCUUCCGCAGCGCGCACUGGACCUGCUGCCUCCAGGCUGAGCGCUCAGCUGCUGGUUGCAGCCGCACACACUCUGCCGUCACUCUGGGGGACUGGAGUGACCCACUGGAUCCCGACGCUGAGACCCAGAUGGUGUAUCGGCAGCUGCUUCUAGGGCGGGACCAGCUCAGGGUGAAAUUCCUGGAGGAUUCCAACAUGGAUACAACUCCGGAGGCAGACACAGAGAAGGGCUCCAGUGCCACAGAAGGGGCCUGUCCUGAUGCCCUGGCUCGGCAGAGAGAGACAGCUGCCCGCCUGCUGGAGGUGCUCGCAGACCUGGAUCAAGCCCACGAGGAAUUCCAGCAGCAGGAGCAGGGGAAGGUGGCCCCGGGCCCCCUGAGGCCCUGAGGAGAUGCCAGAGCCAGCCUGGAAGGAGGAGGAAGGAGCAAGUGGGCCCUUCUCAGCGUCCCCUGACCCAGGAAUCUCCUAGUGUCUAUCCUGUACCUCACUGAUGCUGUGGCUUGCAGGCCCCUAGAGAUAUCCUAGUCCCAUGUGUCCUAAGCCCAGAAUCCAGGCAUGGAAGCCCUUUGGCAGGGGACCAGCUGCACACUGAAUGAAUCUCACCCUCUGAGUUGAGCCAGACUGGGGUGGAUGGAGUAAGGAACCUGACUCACUUGGCUUAGCCUGAGGCCUCUGCUUCACUGGACUGACCUCUAUCCACACUGACAAGGCCAGCUUGGCCCUGAGCUGCUGGAUACAGCUGUACCUGAAUCCCUGAUGUCCAUGUGGACUUGUUACCCUAGACAGGCACUAAAUGGGCUCAUCCCUUCCUGUUUUCAUGUCUGCCAAUCCCUAUAACCUCAUUGAUCCUCCUGAUUCCUGUCCUUGGCUGAGAAUCCUAACCACGAGCUUCCAGAAUCAGGUGCCCUCAGGAAUAACUGAGGCUGAGAGCCCAGUGGCCUGACUCAGACUUGGGAGACCUUGGACCAGGCUCUUUCCCUCUCUUCGAGCCUCAGUUUACCCUGUAUAAAAUGAGGAGGGAGUGAGUUUAGAUGUGUGGUUUUCAAAAUGGGUUCCAUGGCGAUAGCUUGGGAGACAGGGAGGGAUUUCUCAGACUGUGGUCCAAAGUCCACCCUCAGGUUGUCUGAUAGAAAUGUAGAUUCCUGGGACCCACCCAGAUCUACUGAGUCAGAAUCUGAGGGAGUACGAGGGCAGGCAUCAGCGUUUUAAACAGAUUCCACAGGUGAUGUGGAUGCAUAUGAGAUUUGAGGAUCACAGGACUGGGCAAUUUUAUAUAUUGAGGUGAGAUUUUGUUUGAGAAUAAAUCACAGGACGUAAACACCCAACUGGAAGCAUUGGAAGGGCCUCCAAAGACUCAUUUCUGGUUUUGUGUGACUAGAGGAUAGGACAGACAGAACCCUAAGCCUGUCUGGCUGGAAGGCAACAUGAACCAGGAAAGAUGCAGUGCUAUCCCGAGGGUGACCGGCAGGGGUCUCCUGGAGCCGCAGCAUCCUCCACAGCCUCCCAGCAUCCUGGGAUGUUGCAGAGGCUGAUAGGAGACUUGCUGCAGAUCCUGGGAUAUAUCCCUGUCUCUCCCUAGACAGAACCUGGUCCUCCUCCCUGAGGGCAGAGGCUGGGGCUCUGAGGUUCCAACAAGCCGAUCAUGGCAUCUCCCAGCUCCUCCAUAUUUUCCUGGAGGCUCCCAGCCCGAGUUCCUCAUGCCCAGUAAUUGUACCAGGGAGAAGCUGUGUGCAUUGCCGUGCCCAUGCUUGAGAACAGGAACUUUCACCUGUGCCCUCUUGGGGGCUAGGAUUGGGACGGUCUGCCUCUGCCACCAUCACACCCCCUGCCUGCUCCAGGACAAGAAAAGUAUGGGGACCCCCUCAUCUCCAGCUGCCCAAGGCUGACAGGGGCAGUGGUCCUGGGUCAUCAUUUUGUUGCAAGCUCCCCCAUGGAAUGGACCGAAAGCCCCCAGAAACAGAGCCACCCACGCCCCUUCUUGACAGGAAAAGAUCCAGCUGAGGAGGAGAAAGACCAUUUAUUUCUCCACCCACAGUGGGACUGGUAGAUUUUCAAAAGAGCAGUCGCUG